GCGGGCCGGGGCGCGGCCGAGCGGCGGGGGCCGAGCCCGAGGAAGAGGAAGUCCGAGCCCAAGCGGCGGUGCGGGGCGCUCGGCGGGCGCCCGAGCCGGAGCCGGAGCCCGAGCCGGAGCCGGAGCCGGCGCUGCGCAGUCGCCCCUUCCCGGACCGAACCUGCGUGCGCGGCCCCCGAUGCGGGCCGCCCCUCUCCGGGUGAAGACGGAUAUUAGGAGUCUCUGGGCGACCACACUGAAUAAAGGCUUCCCUCAGCUAUAAAAAUGUCCACCCGUCGCGUCUUGAGGUGCCAUCAGCUGUAACCGAGGAUCCAGAUCCCAAGACCACCAUAGCCAAGUACUCCCAGCCCCAAGAACCGAAGACCAUGGAGCUCUCGGACAGCGACCGCCCAGUCAGCUUCGGCUCCACGUCAUCCUCCGCCUCCUCCCGGGACAGCCACGGUUCCUUCUGCAGCCGAAUGACCUUAGUUUCCAACAGCCACUUGGGCUUGUUUCCCCAGGAUAAGGAGGCAGGGGCCAUAAAGCUGGAGCUGAUUCCAGCCAGGCCGUUUUCCAGCAGCGAGCUGCAGAGGGAGAGCCUGGCCGGGCAACAGCACGCAGACGCGGACAGCGGCGAGAGGCAGUCCCGGACGCCGAGGAGAGCGGAGGCCCACGGGGCCACUGAAACCAGUGCGGAGUCGGCCAACAGCCCCAAGCUGCUCUACGUGGACAGAGUUGUUCAGGAAAUCCUGGAGACCGAACGGACGUACGUGCAAGAUUUAAAAAGCAUCGUAGAGGAUUACCUUGACUGCAUCAGGGACCAAACGAAACUCCCUCUGGGGACAGAAGAAAGAUCAGCCCUUUUUGGAAACAUACAGGAUAUCUACCACUUCAAUAGUGAACUUCUGCAAGAUUUGGAAAACUGUGAAAAUGACCCUGUGGCCAUAGCAGAAUGUUUCGUGUCCAAGAGCGAAGAGUUCCACAUUUACACGCAGUACUGCACGAACUACCCGAGAUCUGUGGCUGUGUUAACGGACUGCAUGAGGAACAAGACCCUGGCCAAAUUCUUCAGGGAGCGUCAGGAAACUCUGAAACACUCACUGCCCCUGGGGUCGUAUCUCCUGAAGCCAGUUCAGCGGAUCCUCAAGUAUCACCUCCUUCUGCACGAAAUAGAAAACCACCUAGACAAGGACACAGAAGGCUACGACGUGGUGCUGGACGCCAUCGACACGAUGCAGCGGGUCGCCUGGCACAUCAACGACAUGAAGCGGAAACACGAGCACGCGGUCCGGCUGCAGGAGAUCCAGAGUCUGCUCACCAACUGGAAGGGGCCCGACCUGACCAGCUACGGGGAGCUGGUGCUGGAAGGGACCUUCCGCCUCCAGCGGGCCAAGAACGAGCGGACCCUCUUCCUCUUCGACAAGGCGCUUCUCAUCACGAAGAAGCGAGACGACACGUUUACGUACAAAGCUCACAUCCUGUGUGGCAACCUCAUGCUCGUGGAGGUGAUCCCCAAGGAGCCGCUCAGCUUCAGCGUCUUCCACUACAAGAACCCCAAGCUGCAGCACACGGUUCAGGCGAAGUCGCAGCAGGACAAACGCCUGUGGAUUCUGCACCUGAAGAGGCUGAUCCUGGAGAAUCACGCGGCCAAGAUUCCAGCGAAGGCCAAGCAAGCAAUACUUGAAAUGGAUGCCAUUCAUUAUCCAGGCUUCUGUUACAGCCCUGAGGGGGAGGCGAAAGCACUUUCCACUCCCUACCGGCCGAGGAGAAAAUCUGAACCUUCCUCAAGAUCACAUAAAGUUUUGAAGACCAGUGGAACAGCACAAGACAUCCAAAAGGUGUCCAGAGAGCCGCGGUCUCCCCAGCGGACUUCGGCAGCGCCGUCUCCAGCCCAGAGGGGCAGUCAGGCCAGCGGUCCUGCCAUCCUCAGCGUGCUUCGCGGGGGUGGAGCCGUCAGAAACAUCUGGACGGACCACCAGAUCAGGCAAGCCCUGUUUCCCAGUCGACGGUCCCCACAGGAGCACGAGGACGAUGAAGAUGAUUACCAGAUGUUCGUGCCAUCCUUUUCCUCUUCGGACUUGAACUCUGCCAGACUGUGUGAAGACGGCACUUCGAGUCGCCCUUGCAGUUGGCACAUGGGACAGAUCGAGUGCACGGAGACCACCAGUGCCGGCCACAGGGUUGUCAGGCGAGCUAGCAGUGCCGGCGAGAGCAACACGUGCCCUCCUGAAAUACGAAUCGGGGACAGCGAUGGCUCUCCGUACAGUCCCCGCAGGGAACUGCAGAACGGCCCUAACACUGAAGGGCAGGACUCAAUGACUCCUUUUGGGUCGUCUAUAGAGUUGACCCUUGAUGACAUAAACCAUGUCUAUGACAACAUAAGUUACGAGGACUUGAAAGUCAUGGUCGCUAAACGGGAAGAAGCUGAAUCCACUCCCCCGAAGUCAACCAGGGACUCUGUCCGACCCAAGAGCACCCCGGAGCUAGCCUUCUCGAAAAGCCUAGCUGGCCACGGGAAGAGCUCUGUGCACACAGACAGAGACCCACCUCUGACAGGGCGAGAGGCGGCCAACCAAAGCACCCAUGACCUCGAGGUGGUGGAGGAGAACAUCUACGACACCAUCCGGCUCCCGGACCCGCCCUCGCUGGGUUUCAAGUGCAGCAGCCUACAGCGUCCCAAGAGGAGCACCUUCUUGGGUCUGGACGCCGACUUCGCCUGCUGUGACAGCCUGAGGCCCUUCGUGUCCCAGGACAGCCUGCAGUUCAGCGAGGACGAGACGCCCAGCCACCCGGGCCCCUCCGACAGCAACGACUACCUGAGUCUGCUGUACAACUCUUUCAGCUGCAACUUGCCUCUCGCCGAUCAGUCUAUAUCGGACAGACUCUCUGAGGAAGUAGACGAAAUCUGGAAUGACCUGGAGAAUUACAUCAAGAAAAACGAAGUCAAGGCUAGAGACCGGCUCCUGGCAGCCUUCCCCGUCGGCAAAGACGACGUGCAGGAGCGGCGGCACGCCGAGAGCACGCCCGAGCUGAGCCGGGACGCGGGCCGGGCGCUGUCCACGCUCUCGCUCCCCGAGCGCCAGGCCCUCCUCACGCCGCCGCAGGACAGGCCCGGCAGAGCCAGCCGGGCCAGCUGCCCCCUGGACGAAGACCUCCUGUCCAAAGAGGGCUCCUUCCUGAGCCUGAACCCGCUCCCGCUGGCCAGCGAAGUGCCUCCCGUGGAGAACCCCUACGACCUGGCCAACAGCAGUCUGUCCCAGACUGACCUGGACAUCCCGGACCCCGGGGCGGACGCCACAGACAAGACCAGAAGCAGAGUGUUUAUGAUGGCCAGGCAGUACAGUCAGAAGAUCAAGAAGGCAAACCAGCUGCUGAAAGUGAAGAGCCCCGAGUUGGAGCAGCCGCCGGCCGGCCAGCAGCAGAAGUCUGCGCCCAAAGACCUGGCAGCCAUCCUGGAAGACAAGAAGCAAGGAGGGCCAGCCAUCGGUGCCAGGAUUGCUGAGUAUUCCCAACUGUAUGACCAGAUUGUAUUCAGAGAGUCGCCCUUUAAGACUCCGAAGGACGGCUGGGCCAGCCCUCGAGAAUCCCCCAACCUCAGAACUGCGUCACCUUCCCGGGCCCAGCGCGGGAGUGAGGACUGGCUUUUGCAUUCAACCUACAGUAAUGGAGAAUUAGCAGAUUUCUGUCCUCCGCCGGAGCAAACCUCGAAGCCCAAAUACCCCACUCUGGAGAUCAACACCAAGAGCACUCCCCGACACCUGUCCCCGGCUUGCUCGGUGCCUUCCCUUCAGACGGCUGACCGCCCGCUGGGGCCCCUGCAGAGACACAGCGUGGUGGUCAGCCAGCCCAACAAAGACAGCGCGUGUCAGGGCCACCUUUAUAACUCUCUGGGCCGGAAAGGGGUCGGCGCGAAAGCCCAGCCUUACAACAGGUCCCAGUCGUCGUCCUCCAUCCUGAUAAACAAGUCAGGGGAUUCCAUCAACUACCCCCACGAGACGGGGAGCAAGCAGCUGCCGUCUGUACACAGAAGCUCCAGGUGUGAGAGCCACCAGGAGCUGCUGCCGGGCGUGGGCGCGGGCGCGGGCGACUCCUGUCCGCAGGGGCCUGGGAAACGCUCAGACCUCACUCUCCAAGACUCACAGAAAGUUCUGGUCGUCAAUCGAAAUUUACCCUUAAAUGCGCAAAUAGCCACCCAGAACUAUUUUUCCAACUUCAAAGAGACGGAAGGAGACGAAGAUGACUACGUGGAAAUCAAGUCCGAAGAGGACGAGUCGGAGUUGGAGGCGUCCCACAGCCGCAGAAGGAAGCCGGAGCCGGAGGCGGCGGACGCCGGCCUGCCCGAUGGUGUCCGCCGCCAGGACGCGCCUUACUCGGUGCACAGUCCGAGCACUGCAAAAAGGCCGGUGAGCGGCCGACUGGGGGUGUCACCCUUCCUGACACCGUACAGCGAGUCCGACAAACUGAACGACUACCUUUGGAGGAGUCCGUCUCCCAAUCAGCAGAACAUCGUCCAGAGUCUGCGGGAGAAAUUCCAGUGUCUUAGUUCCAGCAGCUUUGCCUAGGCUCUCAGCAGGGGCCGCCCGCCCGAACUGCCUCCCUGCAGCGCUCACGAGUCCCGGAGCCUGGCGGGCGUUUUCUGUGCACCGGCCUGAACAGUCUUGUAACCGCCAGAGGUGUAAAUAAAUGUACUUCCUUCCACAGCACAACUUCUCCGACCGGCGAUGACCCGGCCCGGACUGUACUGCAGCCAUGUCAGUCAGCAUUGCUGUGUUUUCUGAUGCUGGUCGUCUUCGCGUUUCACGUGCGUCGGUCUUACUUGAAAAUGUCUAGGUUUUCUUUUUUUCUUUUCUUUCUUUCUUUUUUUUUAAUAAGAUGGCCAUAUCUCUUUUCCCAUCUUCUGACAAUAGUGCCCAGACUGUAAGAAAUGCAAUAUGCUUCUCUUAUUAUCCAGAAGCCACGAGUAGUUACGUCUUAGGACUGGCCCAAAGGCAGCAGGGGAGCUUUCCCCUGUUUUUAAAAGAAAACUAAAGCUGUUUAAAGGAUUGUGCUUAUCAUAUCUGGCAUUCUCGUUUCAUUUGUGGCAGGACCCUAGAACAGUUGAAGCUCUCACUGGAGUCUAGCCCAUGGUGCCCACUUCAGGGAUUCGAGUCUGGUUUUCCUGCAUCCGUUUAUUGUAACGCAGAACCUGUGUAACUACUGGGAAUCAGAAGGUAACGAGACCGAUUUUCAGAAACAAAAAUCUUUACCAGGGUUCCUGGAAAAGCCUGAAGAAUGUGCUGCUCGUCGCAUUUAUUUUAUGAUUUCUAGGGUAUAACAAGUGAUUCCUUCGACGGCUUAAAGAAAACCAAGGGCAAGAGAAUGCAAGUUGACUCAACCGUUAGGAAAGAUGGGCUGACAUCUGGGAACAGCUGGAUUACCUGCUCAGGUAUCAGUGGGAGGGCUGGGACCAACAGGACUGGUCUGACUGUUUUUUUGUGCCUGGCUCUCAUCAACUUGAAGUAAAACCACAAGCUAAAAAUACAAAAAAGCACUUUAAAGUUCCCCUUUUUUAGAGCCGUUUUUCACAUGUCCUUUCCUGACUUUUGUCCUCAGCCCAGUGACCUCAUCUCAGCCUGGAGGAUUUCCCCCACCGCAGUGAAAUCUGUUCCCUAAAGCCGACAUAGACAUAGCGUGGGGGCGCCUUCUCUCAUUGUUCUGAGGCUAUACAGGAAGGGCAUCUUUGGUUGACGAGUUCUGGCUAAAAGCACCUUUCAUGCUGUGACUAGGGUCUUUACAUCGCCGUUGUGUGGUAGGUCGGGUUAACGUAACUCUCUGUAGAGGGAAACUACAAACGAAAGCGAAACCUUGUGAGUAGAAGGCGAAAUCUACGACGCUGAAGAGGAGCGUGAAGUCGGGCCCGAUGUUCCUUUAUAAAAAAAAAAAAAAACACCAGUUCAGUGAAGACUCCGGUCAGGGCCACAGCGGCUCCUGCAGCCUCCCCUGGAGCAGUUUCACAGCCUCCCUCCCCGCCCUGCCCAGUUUUCACUGUGAAAGGAGGAGAGUGUGAGUAGGGCCAGGGGUCUGGGCUUUUCACCUGAAGGUGAGCAAGGGUAUCGAUUUGUAUCAGGGACAUCUUAUCAUUGAAUUAUCCUCAUUCUUUCCCCCCUUUUAAGUCUUGUGCCUCUUUUUCUCAACUGUAAAACACAAAAUGUUACCACCGUUACUGUACACACAGGUCCCUAAGGCAUUCGUUUUUCUUUCUCAAUAACAAAAAGGAACCCAGGUUUCUUGCUUCUCCACACUGUUCUUGCUUCUUGUCGCUUAUAAAAAACGAAGUCCACACUAAAUGGCAUGCUUCUGGAAACCUUUCUUCUUUCCAUCCCUUUCUUUGCAUGUGGUAGGGGUUUUCAAGAUCAGCAGUAUCAGAAAAGACCGGCACUGUGAGAAGGCAUGUUCCUAGACUUGCUGGGGGUGUUUGUCAGUGCGCGGAAAACACAGUCACCUGACUCUUGUCAUCCCAGGAAUGCGGUCUCGCACUUUGCCUUUUCCUUUCUGCCACCAAAAUUCUGCAGUGUCCAUGUUUCUCGGAAAUGAUUCCUUCUUAACACCAGGGUCUCGCCGACAGCUCUGAUAUGCCCUGUGGGAACACGCCCCACGGCCAGUGUGGACGGCUUGCUCCAGAGAACGUCUACAUGGUCCUCUUUAGUUUCUAGGACAGAGCUCUAAUUUUGUAGAUGGCGUCUGUCCCCAGGAUGCAGAUUUUGGGAGCUGUGUGUGUAUAUAUAUAAACUCAUGUUUGUAUUUUUCCUCAAAGUUAUCAAUUAAGUGCUUUUGUUUGGAAUAGUUCGUUUUGGAGGUGGGUGAGGCUGUAUAUAACUGAAGAAGGGGUGUAUGUACUUCAAACCAUGUCACAUUUCUAUUAGGUCUGUGUACUGAAGGUUCAACUUUUUUUAUCAGCUCACUUUUCACCUACUCUAUUCUUUGUGCAAAAAAAAAACAAAACAAAUGCAUCUAAGAAAACAUAGUUUAAAUAUUGUAUAUAAGUUAAUGAAAGUAAUGCUCAUUAUUUAAUAAAGUUUAUAAAGUA